GCAGGACUCGCGCGGAGGCGGGACUGACGAGCCGAGUGAAAUAAUACUGAGUACAUGAUACUAAACUUACUACUUCUGAGCAUGGCAACAGAGGGGGGAAACCCACAGGACUGAAAAUGGACUGGUUCCACUGUAAUCAGUGUUUCACAAGGAGGGGGUCGAAAUUUGCUGUGUCCAGCUGUGGCCACAUCUGCUGUGAAGCAUGCAUUAAAUCUAAGCAGUGCAGCGUGUGUGGGGCCAGCUGCAGUUAUCUGCCCAUCACAGAUGAGAUGAAGCCACAUGAAAAGGUGUUUUUCAAGGACCCUGUGAAGCUCAUCCAAUCACGGCUGGAGCACAUUUCUCAGAUUGCGCUUUUUCAGCGGACACAAAUGGAGAAAGUCACGGCUCACUUCAAGCAUAAGUCUGUUGAACUGGAAAGGCGCCUGAAGGAAGUCACUGAGCAAGCUUACAGGCAACUCUCCGAGCUGAAAAGAGAGAAUGGUGACUUAAAAAAGAAGCUUUCAGAGCUGAAAUGGGAGACUGCUGAACUGAAAAAGCCACUUUCUCAGAGGAGGGUUUCUCCAGGACAGUUUCAAAUAGAUGGUACUCAAAGGAUGUCACUCCCUGUGGCUGUCACCUCCCCAGUCACCCCUCGUUCAAGAACCAUGAGUCAAAAGGGCUCAGCAGAGCUGCAGGGGUGGGCCAGAGACAGAGGUCCCAGUCUGUCCUCCCUCAGAACUCCAGGAUCAGCAACCUCCAAUUCUACCCACAGCUCUCUUCAUGAACAUGUACACAGCACACCCACAUCCUUUAGCACUCCUACAAGAUCGAGGCGAGGCGGAGCUGAGGACCAGGAAGCCCACAAGGCCCAACUGACUCUCCCACAGUGACGGCGGGGUGGGUGUGCCAGUCUGGGAGAGCAGGCCAUGGAUUGGAGGGAGGAGGCGCCUGUAUAAUAAAUCCGUGGCAGUAGGCUAAACAUUUUCACGUCAACCACCCACCAACAAUCAGGCCCACAAACAUCAUAGGAUUUUUACAACGGAAAUCAUCAUGUUAAAUGUAAACACUGAAUUCAUCCGAUUGCUGCUGUCCCAACUUAGCGCAGUAAUCCUUUUUCUUUUUUACUUAGAGCCCCCCCAAAGACCCUGAAAGGUUCUUAGACUGUACUUAUUAUUAGUUUCUUCCACUGCUACCACUCAGGGUACUAGUUCUAUGUAUUUUUGCAACAUGGGACAAGUUAUAUCGUGCAUUUAAUACAUUUAAAACAUGAUAUUGGUUAGUUUAAGACGCGUAGUAUAUUUAAAUGUAACUACUUUUGUACCCACAAGUAACUCAAUAAAAAAGAUAGUAUUUCCCCAUGAUUUUAUGUCCCUUCACUACAGAGAAGGCUUUGAAACAGGAUUUAAACCAUUAGUUUUCAUUUGAAAUUUAAACCUUUCAUUGCAGCAGUAAUUUGGGGUUUGGUGGUGUGGCUCUGUCCCUAAGAUGCUCCAAACUGAUUUAAAGGACCUAACUGAACUCCACAGGCGUCUUUAUUUGAUGACCUGGGAAUGAGAACGGGCUGUGAGGUGUGUGGGAGAAACAACAGGGGCAGCGAAACUAAUGAAAAACACAAAUGGUCCUAUCUACAGCCAAUAGACUCCCAACUCCUAUAUUCAGGUGAUUAUAUACUAAUGGAAACAUACCUGGAAUUUUAUUAUAUUCAAU